UGGAGACACCAUCGAAGGAAAGCUACAGAGCAAAAUCUGUACAUUAAACAGAGACAAAACUAAAAGGAAAAUGCUUACGCUAAACCCCGGAGCCUCUCUUAUUCAAUCCUUCAACAGUGUUCUCCCUGAAUUUCCUUUCCAUUUCAAAGCUCUCCUGCCAUUUUCAGCCGUUAAAUUCGUCGUAAGGAGCCAUUAUGCUUCACCCAAGGCUUCGUUUUUGGUGGUUAAAGCUAAAAGAAGCCAAGAUAUAAGUUCCCAGAGUUUCGAUAUAGAGAUAGAAGACGAAGAUGAUGAAGAAUACGAGGCACGGAGUAGUGGAUUAAGAGGGAGAGAAGAGGAGAAGAAUUAUGAUAAAGACCCUGAAUUUGCUGAGAUUCUUGGGAGUUGUCUUGAUGACCCAGAAAAAGCUCGGUCAAAAAUGGAAGACAGAUUGAGGAAGAAAAGGAACAAAAUUUUGCACACAAAGACUGGUUCUGGGACACCCAUGAAAGUAACUUUCAACAAGUUUGAUUUCUCAAACUCGUACAUUUGGUUUGAAUUCUACAAUGCUCCAUUGGAAAAAGAUAUCUCCUUAAUUUGUGAUACAAUUCGUUCAUGGCACAUCAUUGGGCGGCUUGGUGGUUGCAAUUCCAUGAAUAUGCAAUUAUCGCAAUCUCCUUUAGAGAAAAAACCAAGUUAUGAUCCUAUUCAAGGAGCAAAUGUGAAUCCGACUACAUUUUACAACAUUGGGGAUCUUGAGGUUCAAGACAACUUGGCAAGAAUAUGGGUGGAUAUCGGGACCAGUGAACCAUUGAUUCUGGAUGUUUUGAUAAACGCUUUCACACAAAUAAGCUCCGACUACGUCGGGAUUAAGCAAUUGGUUUUUGGUGGAUCUGAACUGGAGACCUGGAAGGAGAACUUGACAAGUGAAGAGGCAGGCUAUAGUGUUCACAAAAUUUAGCAUCAAACCAUUUUUGGCUCAUUAUAAACGGCUGAAGGGUCCGAAGAUAGUAUCGACCAAGUCCGAGAUUUUGUAUCAUGACAGGGUGCAAUCCUUCUAGCACCUCCUUUGUACUGGUAGCUAAGACUGUUUUUGUGCAGAUAAAAUAACUUAAC